GUCCGGAGAGUGCCGGGUUCCAGUGGCCGCCUUCACAAGACGGAGGACGGAGGCUGGGAGUGGAGCGACGACGAGUUCGAUGAAGAAAGCGAGGAAGGGAAGGCAGCGAUCUCCCAGCUCAGGUCUCCCCGAGUGAAGGAACCAUUAAUGAAUGCUGAGCUCUUCCCAACAGCUGAGCCCGUGGGCACUCUGCUGCAAGUUCCGGAACAGGCCUCCGCGCGCCUACCUCAGCCAGCCGCACAGAUGCCUGCGCAGCCCCCCCAAGCCCCCCUCCCGGCCCCCGCACAAGGAGCGCAGGCGGCUCAGGCUGUGCCUUCGGGAGCAAGUUCACAGGAAAUCAAGGUCCCAAUCAGUCUCGUGCUGAGAUUGAGGAAUUCCAAAAAGGAACUAAAUGAUAUCCGAUUUGAAUUUACUCCUGGGAGAGAUACGGCGGAGGGUGUCUCUCAGGAGCUGAUUUCUGCUGGCCUGGUGGACGGAAGGGACUUAGUGAUAGUGGCAGCUAAUUUGCAGAAAAUUGUGGAAGAACCUCAGUCGAAUCGAUCGGUCACUUUCAAACUGGCAUCUGGUGUGGAAGGCUCAGAUAUUCCCGACGACAGCAAACUCAUCGGAUUCGCCCAGCUCAGCAUCAGCUAAGCCACAGCCCCGCAGGAGCGGCCCAAGGAGAGUGCGCACGUGCGUGCAUAUCCCUGUUGCUUCUGUUGGCCUAAACCCACUUCUGCCAAAGACCCAGCAGCAACCCUCCGGCUCGGCGCGUUAGAGUCCUCUCUGUUCUUCCUGCUGUGUCGUCCCCUUCGUCCCGCAGGGAAAGAAACGUCGGAUCCCCCCCAGUGGCCAGCGUCCCUCUCAGAGUUCCGUUCGUCAGUGUCCUGCACAUGUCCCCGUCUUCCUCCAUCUAAGUGGCCCAGGGGGUGACCUGUGAGCUCACUCUUGCCUUACUCCAGUGCUGGCCCGGGUGGAAGGGGCAGCUCCCUUGGGCUUCCGCGCCCGCCUGGUCACUCACGCCUGCCAGGUGUGGCUCUCGUGGGCUGGCUCUCUACCACUGCAGGAGCCACUAAGAGGUGACUGUUCAGCUGAGCCCAGAGAAUUUCAUGCAGUACUUUUUCUUUGUAGCUGAUGUGAAUUCCAGCAACCUCGGUUAGGAAAAAGCACAGCCUCGCUGGAGGGGCCUGCGCGGUGCCCCUGUCUGUCGCGGUGUGUCUCAGCGUUCGCCGCAGCCGCUGCCAGGCAGCCCUCCUCACUGCCCUCCGAGAGGGUUGCUAGCCUUAACGCGAGCUGUGCGGGCUGCGGCACUGCCGGCCGUUGCCAGUGCAGUGUCAAGGGCUGGCUUAGAAGAGCGGACUCUGCCAGGGGUGGCUUCGGACAGGAGAAACCCUUCCUCGGGAAGUAUUUAUUUUCAAGUCUUGAGAAGUUGAAGAAGAACUGCUCCCGCCCCUGCGUCCUGCAGCGGGAAGCGGUUCACCCGCCUGCAGGCCGCGGGGAGGGGGCGUGCGGGGCUCGGGCUGCACAGCAAUACAGAGCCGCGCUGCGCCCGAGGCCGGAGGCCCGCGGCCCGCCUGCUGCCCUCCUCCUGCACUGACUCCUGGGAGGGGGCGCCCCGCACUCGGGGACAGUGAAGCCACAUGUGCCGUACCUUUAGGGUGUCUCGGUAGGCAGUGUUCGUUUGAUUUUCUACAGAAAUAAUAGGGAUCAUUCCUUAGGCUUAGGAAGGGGCACUCAUAAUGCAAUACGUGAAAUAACCCGGGCUCGGCUUUCUUCUCCGGCUUUCGCGCGGUCAGCCUCUUGUCUGAAGGCUGGUGACCCUGCCACGUUUCUCUGUGAGCGGGGCACAACCUGGCCUUAAGAAGACGCGCGCCGUCGGCCGCGGGCCUGCGGCGAGGCAAGAGCGCUUUCCCAGGGCCACUCGCGCCCUCGCCGGCUUGGCCUGAGGAGCUGCCGGCCACACCCUGUCUCGUUCUUUCCGAGUCUGUGGUUUCAGUCCUGGGCUUUCCUCCCCUGCCCGGGGGCAGAGGCACGUUGGAAAGGGCUGAGUGGUGUGCGGGGGUGGGGGAGGGGAGAGGGGAUGGGUUUGGGAUGUGGUUAGAGGGAGAGUAGAUGGGAGGACCGGAAACCCAAGCCAGGUCCCAGCAGGGUUGGUAGGAGUGGGGAGUCCGCUGAGCCGGGUGGGCGGAGAGGAGGUGGACUAGUGACUGGAGGUGCUUAGCGUUGUUUCCUUGUCCUUUUAGGGAGGGGUGGGGUGGGGUGGGGAGCCAGGACUGGGAGGUGGGAGUGAGUGUGGUGCAAGACUAGGGGCUCGCCCAGGAGUGUGCUGUUUAGUUUCAGACAGACCCCUUGUGAUCGAUUGACUUAGGAGCCCCAGGAUGGUGGCAUCCCACUUGGAGGUGACCUGGCACCAGGCUGGGAGUGCGCCCAGCUCACUGCCCUGCCGGCUUUGACCCCUGGCCACCUUUGAACGGCAGUGUGGACGCCGGGACAGCAGCCGUGGCCAGCGCGCUCUUGCCUGGUGGGGAUGCAGAGGCAGCAAGUCCCAGCAGGCAGUGAGGCGGAGGGGCAGGCGGGCAGCUGCUCUCCGGGGUUCAGGUGGCCUCACUGCGCCAGGUCCCUGGCGUGGGGGCUCACUGUGGCACAGGGAGCGCGUGCCAGUGCCAUCUGUGAGAUGCCCGGUCUGUGUGAGUGACUAGCGGAUUUGUUUGAGCUUUUCGCUUAAGUUUUGAGCCAACCCCUAGGGCCAGCUGAGAGUAGUGGUGACCUGGGGGCUCCCCUCACGACGCGGCGCUCGGUUACGGAAGACAUAAAAUACCACCCCCCCUUUGACUUUGUAUUUUACUGCAUGUUUUCUUCAUUUUUAAUCAAUAAAGAGUAAAUUGUCUUUA